AUGAUCAAUUAAUCAAAAUUAAUCAAAAUUAAUUUUGAUAUUGAAACAGAAGGACUAAUUUUAUGUAAAUGUCAAAGUUGUAGAAAAAAUCCUAUUAAAACUAUUACAGAUUAUAUUCAUUUUCAUGAACCUUUUUAUGAAGCUCUCAAUAAAUUUAAUAAAUUAGAUCAUUUUACACAAUUAUAAAAGUUUUCUUAUAUAUUUAAAUAGACAGAGGAAUAGAGCUUUGUUGAGCAAUCAAAUAGUUCUGAUUUAUAUUUUGAAUAGAUUCUUAUAACCUCAGAAAAUUUAUAUUUAAUUAAUAAAUAUACUAAAGCAACAUAAUAUGCAAAAAAUACACCUAUUUAAAUAUAAGAAUUUAAUACUUAUUAACAUAUUGUUUAAUUAUUUGAAGAAUUUAUUCUUUAAGAUAAGGUUUACUUUUUAGAUUUUUAUGAAACUAAUUAAUUUAUGAUAAUUUUUGGCAAACUUCUCUUUGAAGAAAAUACUUUAGAUGACUUUGAUGAAUUAAAUAAACAUAUUUAAAUUAGAUUUCAACAAAAAACUUAAAGAAUAAACUUUUGUUAACAAAGGAAUUUUUUCCCAUUUGAAGAUAAUCCAUUAUUGUUUUAUCUUAUUGAGAAAGAUCCUAUUUAAAAAUAAAUUGUAUUAUAUUAUGAUGAAGAUCCAAAAGAAAUUUAAAUAGAAUUAAAUUUAUUUUUAAAUAUUUUCUAAUAAAUAUUUUAAUGUGAAGAUUUUCAAAUUUUCCGUGCUAUUCUAAAUUCUAAAUCUAAUUAAAAACUUGAUUCAUUCAAGCCUAAUUGCAAAUAUUUUAAAUAUAUGUUGACUGUUUUUAUAAUGAUUUAUGAACAAUAAACUCUACAAGAAUAUAUCAUGAUUAAUGAUGAAACUAGUGCUAGAGCAUUUUGGACUUUACAUUAAGCAAACGAAUUUUCUAUUUAAUUAUAAAUAAAUAAACAGUAUGUUAAGACUACCUUUGUUGAAAUGCUAGAAUAGGCUUAAAAUAAAUCUACAACUGUUACAAUUGCUAUCAUAGAAGAACCUUAUUCUUAUUAAGGAAUUUUAAAUUUAUCAUAAGUAUAAACCUUUUUAUCAUUAUUUUUAGUAAAUAUCAGACAUUUAGUAUUAUUUUAGAUCAAAUAAAAUUAUUAAACAUUCCUUUAUUUCAAUAGUUCUAACGAUUUAAUAAUAAUAAAGGUUGAAUUUUUAUGUUCAUUUAUAAAAAUCUUCGUAACUUCACUUCCUUAAAGUACUUUUUUAUUCAAUUUAUUAAGAUUUAUACAUUAUCAAACUAUGAAGAAUUAAAUUAAUAAAUAUUGAAAGUAAUCCUAAAUGAUGAUGGCAUAUUUAUUUAAUAGGUUUAUAUUGAUGUUUCCAGACAUAAUAUGUUUUAAGAAUAUAGUGAAAUUACCCUAGGAGCUUUUUACCAUUUAGUUAUUAAAAAGAAUUUGAAGUCAGAAGAGGCUAUGACUAAUUUAAUUUACUCUUUAAUUCCAUAUAGCCUAAUUUUUACACAAUUAGAAUGA